AUGACUCACACCAAGGAGUUCGCUGUUGACGGCCGCAAUGACACCAAGUAUCACUCGGACGCGACAGGAGCGUAUAAGACCCCGUGGCUCCUCGUCAACUUGGAGGGAGCCAUGUUGGUGCAGAAAGUCCGACUGCUUCCUAACGUUGGUGUAAUGCCACAGCGAAUUAACAACUACCAGAUUCUGCUUGGCAACGACGAGCCUCCCACUGCGAUGGACUUCAGCCAGUACGAAUUGGUGGGGGCCAUCCCCGGGCCGGUCCCCUUGGGGGAGAAGUGGUACGAGUUCGACGUGUCGCCCCCCCGCUGCAGCCGCUACGUCGCUGUGUACAAACACGUCGCGACUUCUGACUACAUCAUGGAGAUCACGGAGAUGGAAGUCUUUGUCUGGAACUAAGACAUUGAGGCGGGA